AAGUGCCUUGAGACGACUCUUGUUGUGAUUUGGCGCCAUAUAAAUAAAAUUGAAUUGAAUUGAAUUAACUCCCAGGGAUCCACAUCAGCGUGCUCUGUGGACUUGCUUUAAAUAUCUCACAUCUACAGGGGACACAUUUGGGUUUGAAAUCUCUAAAGCAGAGAUUUACACACAGAGAUUCUCAGACAGACGCAGCCGUUUCCUCCAUUUGCAGCAGGGAACACAGAUCCGCUUGGCUGUAGGAGGAAUUCUCUCACACGCUCGUACAGUUGGCCUCACUCAUUUCUGCCUUCUUGUCCUGACUUGUUUCAGACUCCUGCUCUUAGAGCUCAACUCUGAUCCAACCAGAUUUGAACAUCCUGUACAGUAGCUUUACACACAAUCAGUUUAAGAGUAUGUCAUUUCAGACCUCUCCAACAGGUUUGCUGCUUCUGAACCACACUGGAGCGAUGGGGAAAGAGCAGCUGGUGACUCACCUCCUCAGACAUAAAGGAGGAGCUCUUGAUCUGAGGCUGAGCAGGGACUGGAGGAGACGUCUUUUACUCGACCUGAACACUGACAGGAGAACUUCCAGGACCGCUGCUGACUCUGAUAGAACAGGACAGAAAUCCUCAAAGGAUCUGAAAACAUAGGCGAUCUCACAGAGGGACAAACAAAAGGAAAAAAAAACUCAUUCAACAGAAGUUUGGGCACAUCCUGGACUUGUUCUGAGGUGUCUUAGAUUAAAAACUGAAAAAAUGGUGAACGAAACAGCAAAUCAGACAGUUGAGGCCUGUGAAGCCACAAUCGGAGUACUCUAUACGUUCUAUGCAUCGGCAAUGAUUGUGAUUUUUAUCUUGGCUUUGCCUCUGAACGCAUCGGUCCUGCAUCUCUUCAUAUUCAAGUUGAAGUUCUGGAAAACCAACCCCAGCAAUGUUUUCCUCUUCAACCUGCUGCUGGCGGACAUCCUGCUGCUCUUCUGUUUGCCCUUCAAGGCUUCUACCUUCAUCAACGGAGAGCGGAGGAGCAGGAACGAGGCUGCUUGUAAAGCCGUGCUCUUCGUGCUGUUUCUAAACCGCGCUGCCAGCAUCGCCUUCCUCACCGUCAUCUCCAUCGAUCGGUACUACAACGUGGUCAAAGCCGGACAAAAGAACCUCCUGAAGAUGCUCAAGAAGUCUCCUUACAUCUCCAUCUUCAUCUGGCUGCUGCUGCUUCCGCUCACCACCCCGACCAUGCUCAAGGACUUUGACUGCUGCAGCAGCUUCAGUGAGGGAACUCUGGUAGAGGAUGUGGUGGACAUCUUGAGAGAGAUAGUGUUUUUCAGCCAGAUCGUGGUGCCCUUCGUCAUCCUGGUCUACUGCACCGUGUGCAUCGUCAACCGGCUCCGGCGGAAAGGAGUUGGGAAUAGGACCAAAGUCAGGAGAGCGGUCUUGCUGGUGACCAUUGUAAUGGUGGUCUUCUCCCUCUGCUUCCUGCCCUGCGCCAUUGCCAGGAUGGUCCUGCUGGUCGUCAGCGACCAGAAGCUAAACGAAUCCGUUCUGGAUAAAGCAGCCGAGGCCUUCGACGGACUCGUGGUCCUUUCCUAUGUGGACUGCUUACUGGAUCCACUGGUCUACUGCUUUGGCAGCACCAAGUUUAAGGAACUUUACAUCUCCACUUACUUCCCCUGUUUGAUGAAAGGAACCCAGACACAGAAAGAGAGAACUUCAGACAAUGUGGCUUUAAAUACACGCAAACAAGUGGAAAAAAGGAUGUGAAGUUUAGAAAUGCUGCUGUGCAGACUGAAGAAAGGGGACUCUCUGAAGGGAGACCAAAUAAAAUAUAAACAUUUAACGUUAUACAGAUGCAACUACAGAGGGGUGGAUGCAGAUAUUAAAGAUCAGUUGAAACCUGAAAACAUUUUCUCUUUGAACUGUUUUGUGUUGAAAUGAAAGCGCUUCUUGAGGACACGUGUUUCAAGUUUGAACGUCUGUUUAGCUUCACCCUGCAAAAUGAAAAUAUUAUAAAUCAGUAUUUAAAGAGACAAUGUGUAGAUUUUACCAUUAAUUUCUUGAAACAUCCAUCAAAAUAUUGUUGAAAAUGAAUGACAUGAAGCCCAGUUGUUGAAAAAAUGUGGAGGUUUCAUAACAUAUAGCCAUAAAACCAGGUCUAAAGUACAUGGGAGUGGGUCUAAGUCUCUGGGCAAUGCCAUAUUAGAUGCCAUGUUUCCUUCUACGGGAGCCCAUGAGGACAAAAUGCAUUUACUGAUUUGUAACAAACAGUUACAAAUUUGUAGUCAUUUUUAAAUGUAGUUUUACACAUUUACCUCAUCAUUUGUUGCCAGUGAUAAAAGGGAGUCUGAUGUGCUUGUUAUUUUGUUAAAGUUUUCACUUCCCAAGGCUUUUUGACCCUAAUGGGCAUCCGUUGGUAAGGUCUUACUCCAACACAAAAAUACUGCUUCAUUGCAAUGAUUUAUGUAUCUACUGUUCCCUAUCGACAGGAAAAAUACACACUGUCACUUUAAGGGUGGGCGAGUACUCUGACAGUACCAUUAAAUCUGACGACAUACCAGGACCCAAUGGAACAUUUUUAAUUUUAUCCUAGAUUCCACUUUGCCAGAUUUCCAAUUCCAUAUUUCCAUUUGUUCCAUGUUUACUAAGCUAAAAAGGUGUAAUUAUAAAGUGAAUUAAUAGUAGUUCAAUAGAGAAAUUGCCACAGAAUCCAAACCAAUCAAAUCCAGUCUACUUUAUUUAUAAAGCGCUUUCACAUGUCCAAAGGGACAAACAAAGCGCUGUACACCAAUAAAAACAGACAUACAUAAAACCAUCAAAACACCAUAAAAAAUUCCCAAGUACACUGAGCAAUCCAGACCAGUCUUGUUACCGCAAUCAGAUAAGAUAAAUAAUCUGAGCGAGACCGCCCGCCUAAUCCCGACCUCAGUGUCCAAACGCCAGCGAGAACAGAUGAGUUUUUAGUCAGCACUUAAAGCCAUCAAGUGAUAUUCCUGGUUGAUGUUGGCUCAUUCCAGAGCCUUGGUCCCAGCACGGCUCCCACAAGAUUUCAACACGUACCUGAGCACUGUUAAUGGUCCCUGGUCAGCUGACCAAAGGGAACGCGCCUGGAGGAUUGAAAAUGCUCUCGGGUUGUUUAACUUUUGUGAAUAUAACCAAGUAUUUCUCUGCACAAUUAGGUGUUACUUUGUUUUGUAGUUGAUGUUUACGAGAGGACAUGAGACAGACGAGUUCCUGCAAAUAAUGAAGUUUAUCAGCUUUUUCUACAAGAAUAGCUGCUGCAGCAAAUUAAAAAUAAACUUGCCUCAACCCUUCUCUCCAGGCUCAGGGCAGA